AUGUUGAACUUCUUUGUGGCCAUGAUAAUGGACAAUUUUGAGUACCUUACACGGGACUCUUCCGUCCUAGGGCCUCACCACCUGGAUGAGUUCUUCCGGGUCUGGGCUGAGUAUGACCUGGCCGCGUGCGGAUACUUGAGUAGUUAUUCAGGGAAUGCUCUCUUCAAGGCCAACACAGGACAUGGAGGGGCCAAGAGACCUAGCUGCUGGGAAGGCACGGGCCUGCUCAUCGCCUCGCUCAUGGUGACCGUUUUUCUGGCCUCGAAGAGUCCUGUCAUUUUGCUAAUGCGUCAGCACAUCGGCCCUGCAGUGCCCAGUCUGAUUCUGGCUCCGGGAAAUGAGGGGAUAGACAACCUUUUUGACAGAAGCUGUUUUUGUUCUGGGCUCAGGAUUGCACUCGGCUUCUCUAUCCCAUUAGCACCUGAUGAGGGUGGAGGUAUCCAGGCUUUUGGGUCUGAGUCUGGGAUGUUGAACCACUUUGUGGCCGUGAUCACGGGCAAUUUUGAGUAUGUUACACGGGAGUCUUCCAUCCUAGGGCCUCACCACCUGGACGAGUUCAUCUGGGUUUGGGCUGAGUAUGACCCGGCCACAUGUGGGCUCAUCAGUUACAAUGACAUGUUUGAGAUGCUGAAACACAUGUCCCCAUCCCUGGGGCUGGGGAAGAAAUGCCCUGCUCGAGUUUCAUACAAGCGCCUGGUUCGCAUGAACAUGCCCAUCUCCAAUGAGGACAUGACCGUCCACUUCACGUCCACGCUGAUGGCCCUCAUUCGGACUGCACUGGAGAUCAAGCUGGCUCCAGUGAAUGGGAGCUCCUUGUUGUCAACAUCCGGUGCUAGCACCCCUGGCCGUGGUGGGCGGAGGCAGCUCCCCCAGACUCCGCUGACCCCCUGUCCCAGUGUCAACUACAGGACGGCCAACUCUUCGCCUGUCCACUUGCUGGGGCACAGACCUGCCUCCCCACCUUUUCCCCAGGCCGACUUAGCCAUGGCCUUUCCGAACACAACGUUCUGCUCCAGAGAGACCCCCUCAGCCAGCCCCUGGUCGCCGGCUCUAGGAUCGGCUCUGACCCUUCUUGGGGCAGCGUCUGGACAGUGA